GACAGACUAUAACUAGACAGUCUGCAACUAAAAAGAAAUCAACUUUGCAUAAAACAACUUAUGCAAAUUUCUCGUGCAAUUCAUUUACAUUGACAGCCACUCAACCGCUCUGCAAAACUAACGGCCUGAAGUUCACGUUACACUCCAACGGUCCGCAAUGUCUUCAUCCUCGUCCAUAGUCGUUGACUUGCGUUCGGACACCGUCAGUGUCCCCACACCUCUGAUGCGGGAACGCAUGUCCAGCGCUCCCGUUGGCGACGAUGUGUAUGGCGAGGAUCCAACCGUGAACGAAUUGGAGCGGAAGGCGGCACAACUUUUGGGCAAGGAGGCGGGCCUGUUUGUGCCCAGCGGCACCAUGGGAAAUCUACUGGCGAUUAUGGUUCAUUGCCAUCGUCGCGGCACGGAGGCCAUCGUCGGCGACUUGUCGCACACAUUCCUCUUCGAGCAAGGCGGCGCCGCGCACUUGGCUGGCAUUCAAUUAGCCACGAUUAGGAACGAGAUAGACGGCACCUUCAGUCUGAAGGAGGUGCAGCGCAAGAUAAGGCACGAAGAUUGCCACGAGCCCAUAACCUCGUUGGUCGUCGUGGAGAACACACACAAUAUGUGCGGCGGCAAGGUGCUGCCCUUAUCCUGGCUAGACGAUUUGGCUGCCCUUCUCCGCCAGCCAGGCAUCAGUCCCGCCCCCAUUCGCCUGCACAUGGACGGAGCACGUAUCUUCAAUGCAGCCGCCGCUCUGGGCGUCAGUGUGGAGCGUAUUGCUCGCGACAUGGACUCUGUUUGUUUUUGCCUCAGCAAGGGUCUGUCGGCGCCAGUGGGCUCCAUGCUGGUCGGCUCCAAGGCUUUCAUUAGCGAGGCACAUCGCCUGCGAAAGGCACUGGGAGGUGGAAUGCGGCAGAUUGGCAUCUUGGCUGCAGCUGGCUUGGUUGCCUUGGAGGAGGUGGUUCCAUUGCUGGGCAAGGAUCACGAACGGACACGCCGCUUAGCUCAAGUUGUACACGAUCUGCAGAGCCCCAAUGUAUCUGUGGAUUUGCCGACAGUGCAGAGCAACAUAUUGUUGAUGCACAUCAAGCAGCCGAAGUUGACUUCAAGUGAGUUCGCCACACGACUGGCAAGUGUGGAGCCCGCGGAGUUGGCAGCUGGAGUGCAUGGCCAGAGUCCUGAGCAGGGAAUUGUGUUGAAGGUCAGCGCCAGAGACUGGAGCUUUUCUCGUGCCGUCUUCUAUCAUCAGGUGGACGAUGCUCAGGUCGAAUUGGCCAUCAAGAAGUUGUGCUACGUGAUCAAGGAAUACGAUGCGCGCUGGCCCUAAGCUCUUGAUCCAACAAAGUCGAUUGUAAACAGCUAAAUGAAGAUGAAAAAUAAAUACAUGUUUAUUGAAA